CUUUGUACAGUUAGAAACAAACAAGAUGAAGACUUCAGUCCUUUUGCUUCAACGUCCACAAGUGAUUGAAUUAUUUUUCCGGUAUAUUUGUUAUUUUGCAUGGAUUUCAACCAUAUAGUUCAAAUAUUAGGAACAAAUAAUACUAAAGCUUGGCUGUUUCGGAGUUAGAAAUCUGCAAGGCUUACUGUAUAUAAACAGGCAAUCUGAUCAUUGUUGACGGUCUUCUUUCUUCUGUUUGUGAUGGAGGAAAAACGAACACUGGAAGAGCUGACGCAAGAACAUCUCGGAACCUCACACCUGCUAUAAAACUACCAUGGAGAACUCAAUUAAAAUACUGUUUGUUCUACAAGGACUGAAUGAGACGAUGUCAAGCAAACGCACAUACUUUGUCGUCACGUUUCUCGCUUACCUUUUUACAAUUUCAGUGAACCUGACUUUGAUCGCGACAAUUAUUUUGGAGAAAACGCUCCACGAGCCCAUGCUUAUAUUUCUCUGUAACUUGUGUGUAAAUGGGAUAUUUGGUGCCUCUACAUUUUAUCCAAAAAUAUUUGUUGACCUUUCAUCUGACUUAAGUGUUAUUUCGUAUGAAGCUUGCCUGGCCCAAAUAUUUGUAAUAUACAGCUACGUAUUCUGUGAGUUCACUACGCUAACAGUGAUGGCUUAUGACAGGUAUAUCGCGAUAUGCAAGCCUCUCAAUUAUCACUCCAUCAUUACGCCUCGGAAGAUUGUGAAAUUGCUGCUUUUCACCUGGCUUUUAUCUAUGAGUGAAUCAGCUUUAGCGGUGGCCCUGAUAGCCAGAUUACCUCUCUGUCGAUUCAACAUCGACAAGAUUUAUUGUGCAGCUUGGGCAGUGGUGAAGCUGUCAUGUGUGGACACCACUAUCAACAACGUAUACGGGACAACUCUCAUGUUCUUUCACAUUUCGCAAGCAGUGCUGAUCAUGAUUUCCUAUGUUAAUAUCAUAAAAGUCUCUGUGCGAUCACCGGAAGAUCGGAGUAAGUUCAUGCAGACCUGUUUGCCCCAUUUAAUCACACUGACCAGCUUUUUGAUCGCAUUCUUUUUUGACAUCUUAUACGCUCGCUAUGGUCCCACCAGCCGUUUACUGGGUCUUCGUAAUUUCAUGUCCCUGGAGUACCUCAUUGUUCCACCGCUCCUAAAUCCCCUAAUCUAUGGCCUGAGACUGAACCAGGUCCGCCGGAGAAUCUUUAGAUUUUGCAGCAAGAAAAUACGUGCUCUGAAAUGA